ACCUUAGGCGUGUAGCGGUCCUUUGAGAAAAAAUGGCCGAGUCAGCCGACCGCAAGGAACUGUCAGAGGCUGGCCAAGAAGAGGGUGGUAAUGAGGUAAUGAUGGAGGGGCCAAAGGAGCAUCCGGAGCGCGGUGAAGAUGCCACUGCUGAGCCGGGGGAUGAUGGGGAGUGCGGUGAAGAAGUCGCCGGUGGGCCUGGGGAAGACAGGGAACAAGGUGAAGAUACUAACGGUGACUCAGACCCACACCCCGACCGUCCAAAGGGACUUAUGGGUUAUCUUUUAGAUACAGACUUUGUUGAAAGUCUGCCUGUGAAAGUUAAGUACCGUGUGUUAGCCCUCAAAAAGCUUCAAACUAGAGUGGCCAAUCUAGAAUCCAAAUUCCUCAGGGAAUUUCAUGGUAUUGAAAGAAAGUUUGCUGAAAUGUAUCAACCGUUAUUGGAAAAGAGACGUCAGAUCAUCAAUGGAAUUUAUGAACCUACAGAAGAGGAAUGUGAAUAUAAAUCAGACUCUGGGGGCUACAAUGAUGAUGAAAUAUAUGAUGAAGAAGAGAUGUAUGGUAAGGAGGAGGCUCUGGUACAUGAAUGCAUGGAUGAGGAUGAUGGUUAUGAGGACUAUUAUUAUUAUGCUGUUGAUGAGGAGGAGGAGGAAGAUGACCAUGACACCCAGGCAACCACAGAAGAGAAUAAAGAAGAGGAGGAUCCUAAAGGAAUUCCUGAUUUUUGGCUGACUGUUUUAAAAAACGUUGAUACACUUACUCCUUUGAUUAAGAAAUAUGAUGAGCCUAUUCUGAAGCUCCUGACAGAUGUUAAAGUGAAUCUUUCAGGUCCUGGUGAGCUUCUCAGUUUCACACUAGAAUUUUACUUCAAACCCAAUGAAUAUUUCAAAAAUGAAGUGUUGACAAAGACCUAUGUGCUGAAGUCAAGACUAGCAUAUUAUGAUCCCCAUCCCUAUAGGGGAACUGCAAUUGAGUAUUGCACAGGUUGUGAGAUAGAUUGGAAUGAAGGAAAAAAUGUCACUUUGAAAACCAUCAAGAAGAAGCAGAAACACCAGAUCUGGGGAACAAUCCGAACUGUGACUGAAGAUUUUCCCAAGGAUUCAUUCUUCAAUUUCUUCACUCCUCAUGGAAGCAGCUCAAAUGGAAGAUAUGUGAAUGAUGAUUUUUUACUUGGUCACAAUUUACGUACUUACAUAAUCCCAAGAUCAGUAUUAUUUUUCUCAGGCGAUGCACUUGAAUCUCAGCAGGAGGGGGUAGUUAGGGAAGUUAAUGAUGCAAUUUAUGACAAAAUUAUUUAUGAUAAUUGGAUGGCAGCAAUUGAGGAGGUUAAAGCUUGCUGCAAAAAUCUUGAGGCUUUAGUAGAAGACAUUGAUCGCUAAAGCAGAGUGUAUGCGGCCCUUAAAUUAAUUGCCUUGAGUAAUCUUGUUACUCAAAAUAUAAGAAGUUAAUUAAAGUCUUGUGUUCUGGAUAUUUCUUUAGUGUCAAUUAAAAUAUGUCUGAUAAAUAUAUGAAAAGUUCAAACAGUAAUUUAUUUGACCUUGAAUUUUAGUAGUACAGUGAUUUCAAAAAAUGUAGACUGCAGUAAAUGAUUUAAGACAUUAAUAUAGUGUUGUGUAGUUUAAUGCUUAUGAAGUCCUUUUGUCUUAUAACUGUUAAAAUCUGUGGCUGUGAAUAUUACCAGAAGUGGUAAAUGAGAUGAAUAUUUGUUUGGAAAGAAAAUUUUGGAGAAACAACUCAAAGUUUUCUUGUUCUUGUUGUUUGCUUUAUGUAUUUUGGCUUUUUAGUCCUUUAGCCUGUGGAUUUAAUUGUGUUAUACCUGCUACUUUUUGCAACAGAAAUGCAGUGAAAUUUAAAACCUUAAUGCUUAAGAAGAAGCAUGCAUAAGGUUAAGAAUUUCAGGCAAAACCAAAUUCAUUAUUAAUAAUAGCUUGUUCAUACGGUCUUGUAUUUUACAUGAAAAUGAUCAAGAAUGAAAUUUUGUGACUUUGAGGUUAUUGUUUAUCAAUGAAGUGUUAAUCAUGGUAUUUUCAGAAUUUUGCCACAUAUUGUUCUGUAUAAUUG